AUACAUUUAUUCACUAGUUUCCUUCUUUCAUAUCGAGGAAAAUGCCUGCAGCAAUUAAGUGACGCACCUAUUUGACAGUAGCAAGAUUGCAACGUUUUUCAAUUCGAUCGUUUAAAUUGUGUAAUAAUAUAAUUAUUUAAAAUGGCAAAAAUCAAUGAAGAUAUAUACUUAGAACAUAUCCCAUUGAUCUUGUACAACGAAUUAAUUUAUGAGUUAAAUAAGAACUCGAGUUGGCAGGUACUCGGUUGUCACGUAGCUGAACAGUUGGGAUAUCAAUGGAAAUCUUGGCUACAGUCGUUAGAACGAAGUACCAGUACUACAAAAACACCAGCAGACAAUUUGCUAUUUGAACUCAAUAUAAAAAUGUGUACAGUUGGAAUAUUAUGCACGUUGCUCAGAGAUUGCGAACUCGGCAAUGUUUUAUCAGUUUUACAUUAUCCAGAGCCAUCAGUAAUAACAAAACAUCCCUCCGACGAUUUGGAAUGUGAUACUUUAGAAAUAUCUCUUGGUCAGCACCUUCGUCUUUCUUGCAAAGCUACAGGUAUACCGUCGCCAAGUUACCAAUGGUAUCACAAUAAUGUCGAGCUACAGGAACAACAGAGCUUUGAACUUAACAUUGUUAUAAACAGCUACGAUCAGGGUGGAGAGUAUAAUUGCAAAAUUUCACAAGUUACCAAUGACAGAGAGACAGUAAUAUCUACAUUGUUGACAAAAUCAGUUUUUAUAAAUAUAACUUUUGUACCUGUAGUCAUACAGCAGCAACCACCUGCUUUCUUAGAAAUUAAGGAAGACGAAGAUCUUAUAAUUAAAUGUAUAGCACGGGGUUAUCCGGAACCACGUUAUCAAUGGUUUAGAGAUAAUACAAGAUUAGAAGGAGAAAUUUCUAAUAUAUUACAUAUAAAACGGUUCAGCUCUAAGCAUGAAGGAAAAUAUCAUUGCUUUAUAACUAAUAACGUGAAUGAAGUGAUCACUCAAAGAAGUUAUGUAAUGUUGGAUCUUCCUCGCGAAAAGGCAGUUGCAAAGAUAGCUUUAAUCAUUGCAAAUGAUAAUUAUGAAAAUCACAAGUGUCUGGAGACACCUAGAAACGAUGCUGCAAAAAUUGGUAAUUUAUUAAAGGAAAUAGGUUUUAAAGUAAUCUGCCUUAUAAACUUAACACUUGAACAGAUGAAGAAUGCUAUAAAAAUGUUUGGUGAAGUUUUAACAGAAGGAAUUUAUGGACUGUUUUACUAUGCUGGACAUGGUUUUAAGAUGCAAGAAAGCUACAUGCUUGCUGUUAAUGCGCCAGAAUCUUAUUUGAGAAAAAAUGCAAUUUGUGAAAGUGAAUUGUUAGCUGUAUUAUUGCAAAAUGAUCCUGCUCUUUUAGUAACAAUAUUGGACAUGUGUCAAACUGUUCCACCAAAAGAAUGUAAUCCUAAAAUUCAUAACGAAAUACCAAAUGUCAAAGAAUAUAAGAGCAGGAAAAAUCUACGAAAUUUAGUACAAGCGUACUCCACAUCUAGUCAUCGCCCUAGUUACGAAAGAACAAAUAGCAAAUAUGGAUUGUAUGCGAUGCAUCUGAGCAAAUAUAUCAAUAAAAAUAUUCCAGUCACGAAAGUAUUUGAGGAAGUAGGAAAAUCAAUAGACAGAUUGUUAAAAGGAACAGAACGAAAUCAAAUUCCAAUGUUUGCCUUAACAAUUACUAAACCUUUUCGUCUUACUGAUGCAAUUUACAAAAGAGAUCAGUCAUCUGCAUUGAAUGAUUUGAAUGAAUUAAUAACUUUCUCAACCACAUCUUUCGAAAUAAACUUCAGCAAAGCUGGUAUUUCCGCCAAAGGUGUUGCCUCGUUAGUUAUGGAGCCUUAUUUAAAUAUAAUCAAGAUCUCAGUGUGUAAUUUAGAAGAUUUAGAAAUAAAUUUUUAUAACUAUGUGUCUACAAAACCUAAUAAUUUGUUCCAAGGUUCUAAUGAAUGUUGGAUAUAUAAUCCUCAGGGGCCUUUAGUUGUGUCCGCGACAAAAAAUGGAACGGCUAUUGGCGCAACAUCGUUACAUAUUAAAGAGUAUAUUCCUCUAUUGAAAAAAAUCAAUAACUAAUACAUUUCUUUGAAUGUAUAAACUUAAUAGGUAUAUUUUGAUUAUGAAUAAAAUAUAUUUUCUAUUUUACACAUACACACCUGUAUGAAACACAAUAUAAUGUAUGUAAAUAAGCUUGUACUGCAUUGAUUUCAUUAAAAAAUUG